AAAAACGGACGGGCAACCCGCAAAUGCCAAGACUCGCGCAUCAAAAGUUCAUUUAUGAAGCGUCCCACUUUGCUUGAAUCUUGCCAAAAUGAACAAAACACCCCACUGCUGCAGAACAUACAAUUUAAAUCUAGAUCGACUCUGCAUACCUAAGUCUGGUAAUAUAUGUCGUGUACGUAAAUAGAAAUUUUACCCAGACUAACCAUGCUCCUAAACGCCAAAACUGCCAUUUCCACAUCUGCGGUCCUCCUAGUCCCUUACUCUAAAUGGCACGUCCCCCGCUACCACGAAUGGAUGAAGGAUGAGGAAAUCCAAGAAGCAACGGCCUCAGAACCCCUCUCCCUAGAAGAGGAAUAUGGCAUGCAACAAAGCUGGCGCCAGGACCCGGACAAACUCACCUUCAUCGUCUGCCAGGGACCGGGGAGCUCCCCGCUCCGCGACGAAGAUGACAGCCCCGAGCGGAUGGUCGGGGACGUAAAUCUGUUCCUGCGCGUCGAAGACGGCGAGGAAGAGGGUGCGGCGCCGCAGGUUGUCGGCGAGAUUGAGCUGAUGAUUGCUGAGAAGAGGAAUCAGCAAAGGGGGUUUGGGAAGGCGACGCUGUUGGCGUUUUUACGGUACAUUGUCGAGCAUGAGGAGGAGAUUGUGGAGGAGUUUGUGAGGGGGCAGGGGGGGAACUUGGAGGGGGUUGGUGGUCGGUUGUCGUGUCUGAGUGUUAAGAUUGGGCAGGGGAAUGAGCGUAGUUUGAGAUUGUUUGCGGGGGCAUUGUUUCGGAAGGUGUCGGAGGAGGCGAAUUAUUUUGGGGAGUUUGAGCUGCGGAGGACGGAAUUGAGUCGGGAGAGUGUUGUCAAUGGGCAGGAUUAUGUUGAGUUGGGGUAUGGUAGAGUUGUGUAAUGUAUUGU